UGGGUUGUCGGGCACUGAAUAUGGCAAUUGGCGUUGAUGAUCCUCAUCGGCUGCUGUCUCUAAAUGGCAUCAUCCAAAGCACGAAAUCGGUCCGCAGAAUGGCACGAUAAAAAUUAAAUAUGAGCCAGCAAUGGGAAAUGAGCUGUGAAUUUGCGGAUACAAGUAGUCUGGCUGCCCCUCUUCUCUUCCUUGUUCUUUUUUUUCAAUUAGCACAUACUCGCAACAAGCAUCAAUUGCCGAUAGCACAAGAGUGUCAAGUGCAGAAUACCUAGCCAAGGUUAAUGUACCCUUCGCUGAACACAAUGGAUCUGAUGGAAGCUAAUCACUUGGUCAGCGUUUCUAAACGCAUCUCAGAAUGAAGGCUGCAUUGUCCUGGAUCAGUGCAGUUGCUUUGCUGCCGUUGGCAUCCGCCGACUGGCAGUUCAAGUCGCGGACUGAUCUUGCACCUCCUCGGUUGAAUAUCACCAUCCCAGCCACCUCGGAAGUCGAAAAGGGCUAUCUCUUUGUGGCUCCCUUUCCCGGUCUGACGACUCCCGGCAACCAUGGACCGCGUCAGGAGGGCCCGUAUAUUGUUCGCGAUGAUGGAGAGUUAGUCUGGUCCGGCUAUACGUACUACUCCAUCUGGGCGGCCAACUUCCAAAAGGCUCGCUGGAACGGCAAGGACGUCUUGUUCUCCUUUGAAGGCGACCAUAACCCAGCUUAUGGACAUGGACAUGGCCACGCCACCUUCCUCGAUCAGAACUAUGAGACCAUCCGCGAGUUGAGGGCCGGAAACCACAAGUUGAUGGACAAGCACGAGUUCCAUAUCAUCGACGAGAAGACCGCUCUCAUCCAGGUUUAUCAACCUGUUCCAAUUGACUUGAGCCGUUGGGGUGGAAGCCCAGAGCAGCAGUGGAUUGUCGAUGCUAUCAUCCAAGAACUUGACAUCCAAACUGGCGAGCUGCUCUUCGAAUGGUCCAGCCUUGCUCAUGUCUCCCCUGAUGAGGCCGUCAUCCCCCUUAACCCUGGGCAAGCUGGAGCUGGCUACAACUCUUCUGAUGCAUGGGAUUACUUCCACAUCAACUCGGUCGACAAAGACGCAGAGGGUAACUACCUGAUCUCAGCCCGUGAUGCUUGUGCAGUUCACAAGAUCAACGGUACUACCGGAGAGAUCAUCUGGCGUCUCAGUGGCAAGAAAUCCGACUUUGAGAUGGGAGACAAUGCAUGGUUCUGCUUCCAGCACCACGCUCGCUUCCUUUCCCAGACUGACGACGAGGAAGUCAUCUCGUUGUUUGACAACUCCGCUCACGGCACUGAGAACGGUCGUGGCAAUGAGCUCCACACGCAUCCUUUCUCACAGGGCAAGAUCAUCUCUGUCAACACGGCUACCUGGACUGCUAAGGUCGUCCAAGCCUUCGCACCCCCAGAUGGACUCCUCGCCAAGUCUCAAGGAAGCACUCAGGUCCUUCCCAAUGGUAACGCUCUCGUGAACUGGGGAUCAGAGGGCGCAGUGACCGAGUUUCGAUCGGAUGGAACUCCCAUCUUCCACGCUUAUAUGGAUUCCGACUUCCUGGGCGAGGGUGUGCAGAACUAUCGGGCCUUCCGCUACAACUGGACGGGAACCCCUAAUGAGAAGCCUGCCAUUGUCUCUUUGAAGAACAACAAAGGAACUACCGUGUAUGUGUCUUGGAACGGUGACACUGAGACGGCUGCCUGGAGAUUCUAUGCACUCACUGAUGCAUACGGAUCGCGGGCGUAUCUGGGCGAAAGCAAGCGAACUGGCUUCGAGACUUCGUUUCAUCUGAAGGGACACAGUGUCGACAAGAUUGCGGCAGAGGCAAUCUCGGCCAACGGUCGUGUUCUCACUUCCACGGGAGUUGCGCGGAUUCAGGAGGAAGUGUUGCCCCCAGUUGAUUCCACUGUCAAUUCGGUUCAAGUGGAUGGUAUGCGCUGGUUGCAGAGUGUCUUCAAGAACCAGCAUAUUCUUGGAGAAGAACUUUGAGAGGGUAGAUUUUGAUAGUUGAGAUGGGUGGAAGAGCUGUGGCAUGUCGGUGGAGAGGAGAAUCAGUUAGGUAGUUGAGUCGUAGAGAAAUCCAUGCAAACGACUGUCUUGGCAGUGAAUAGCAACAAUGCAGUCUUUUCUUUGGGGGUCCCUUGUUUCGUUUCUUUCUUCUCCCUGUUAUUCUUACAGGC